UCCAUGAGAGAGACACUUCUCAUACCAUUGUGUUUAAACUUGAUUUUCCUUUCUUUCAAAGAGAGAAACUGAUACUUGGUAAAGUUAAAGGAAAAUGGAUAAGACUCUCACUAAACUGGGAAGUGCUUGGAUCUCCAAGAAAGCCAAGGCAGAGAUUUCCCACGUAACUGACGAUCUAUCAGCUCUCUCAAAUACUGUGGAAGAGAAGGCAAAACUUUUCAUCAACAAGCUGAAAGGAAAAUCCCAGAAGGCUUUACCCGAUCUUCUUCGAGAGUACAACCUUCCAGCUGGUCUGUUUCCCCGAAACAUAACCUGCUACGAGUUUGAUGAAUCUAAAGGAAAGUUAGUGGUGCACUUGUGGUCUCCCUGUGAGGUGUGCUUUAAGGACUCAUCCAUUGUAAGGUAUGCAAACCGUGUGAAAGGGAGCUUAACAAAGGGUAAGUUUAAUGUUAUGGAUGGAAUGAAGACGAAGGUUCUUGUGUGGGUCAAGGUCACCAGUGUUGCUGUUGAGAGUUACAAAUCAGACAAAGUGUGGUUCACUGCUGCUGGAGUUAAGAAAUCAAGACCCAAAGAUGCCUAUGAAAUGCCUCGUGAAGCCAUUAAGGUACAAGAAUUUUGAACCAUUUUUGUAAUAUGGUAAUUCAGUUCACAAAUUAUGUAUUAAUACAUGGUUGUAUUAUUAGACUAUUGAUUUUUCUUUCCUGGGUAAGUUUAGGGGUAUUGUAUACGGUGUUAAACUUGAAAUUCACAUAUUAAUUUCACUGUAUGCGCUAUGUAUGAUGUCAAUUUCAAUGAUGUUAAGCAUAUUUGCACUGA